GGAGAAGGCGCUUGCGCGUGCCAACGCGGCAUGCGCAGAGGCCGGGAGGAAGGCUGACCGCGAGAGAGACGCCGCCACCACCAAGCUGGCCGACCUAGCCGGGCGCGCACACUCACUGCAGGAGUGCCUGGAAUACGCCCGGGUAGACUUCGACCAGGUACUCCGGGAGAAGCAGCAGCUUCACACGCAACUGCAGAAGUCGCACUCUUGCAUUGUCCAGAUGCUGGGGGAACUCAGCACAACACUAGCCGAGAACGCCUAACUGAAGUGCGAACUCUACAUCGCCUGCAACGAACCACACCUUCCUGCUGGACCCACAACGCCGACCGACUAGAGACAUGCAGCACGACAGCACCAGAUCCACCAAUCCAACAAUUUUCCGUCAAUUUCACCCCACUCACCCACUACGCCACGGACAAAAUUAAGCACUUGUAUUUAUCCACCACCACCAAUCCAGCUCCACCACCAUCCACCACCCACCACCCACCAUCAGACCUAACCGGAACUAACCCAAUAGCAUAUCAGCCAUGGUCGGAUGGAUGAAUUAACCAAGGAACAUGUCAAUGGGGGAAUUCCCUUGAUUAAACCUUCGAAGUAUUCCAGGGCCGGCAGAAGCACUUCAGCACCAAACAACAAUACGACAAUGGCACCGAGGGCAGUUCUCUAUACGGCUGACCAGAUAUACGGCAUCCAGGCCACCGGGGUUGCGCCACCACAGCAAGACACCGUCGCAGACCUGUUGCAAGGAAUUCUGGGGUACAUCGAGCCACCACAAUGGCACGACACCGAC